AUGAAUUUAAACGAAUUGAUUAAGUUGUCUUCUGAACAAAGCUAUGAUACCUUAGUUAAGAAAUUAGAAAGUUAAGAUUCGACAUUCAAGAAGCAAGCAGUUUAAAUUUUUACUGCCAUUUAGAAUUAAGAUAUGGAAACUCAUCAACUUAUAUUCUUAUACUGUCUUUAGUACAUGGAUAUUAAAACUACUUUCAAUAUUUUUGAUAGAUUCUUGAAAUCUUUGACAAAUGGAAAGCAAAUCUGCCACAAAAUUGAUAAAUUGUAUAAAGUUGCUGACGAAUAUAAGAAAUUUAUGAUUGAAAAUAACCUUGCCAUUAAAGCCAUUAAAGCAUUUGAAUUUGCUUGCAGAAGUUUAGAAAAAGAAAAAAUUGGUUUGACUCGUAUGCACUCAAUGUUCGUCGAACUUUGCUUGAGAGCCAAGAUGUAUAAAAGCGCACUUAGAAUUAUUGACAAGCCUUUGAUUCACUUAGAAGUUAGAUCAAAGAUCGACGAAGGUGAUUUUUACAAUUUCAAGUAUUUUUGUGGUUGUAUCUUCUUAGGUUUAAAGAGAUAUAGAGAAGCUUAAGAUUGCUUUGAGCUUGUAGUUUAGCUCCACCAGAAGGAUCUCUAUUAAGUUACAAUUGACACUUGCAAAAAGCUUUUCUUCUUAGGUAUCAGAAGUGGUGAAACUUCAUUACAUAAAUCAAUCAGUCAAAUGGAUGUUAUCUCAAACAAAUUGAUUAAUGUUGUUCUUGAUGUUUACAAGUAGUCAGAAAAAAAUUUAGAAUCCUUUGAUUAAUUUGUCUUAAUGAACGAAAAGGAACUUCAAAAGGAAGGAAACUUGGGUUUGGCUAGAUAGCUAAGAAUUUGUUUUAUCAUAAAAGAGCUCAGAAAAUUAAUGAGAGUUUAUACAAGAUUUAGAAUAGAAAAACUUGAUAAAGAAAUUAAGGUAAACUUCAAGGAUAUAGCAGAUUUGUAGAGUGAAAUUAAUAAAGUAGAAAGAUUAUUCAAAAUCAAUAGAAAGCUUAAUUGCAUUGAAUUCAAUCAAGGAGAAGAUAUUGACCACAGAGAAUAAGUACUUAUUCCUUUAAAGAACUUGUUCGAAUUGCUCAAAUCUGUUAAAUAAGAGUAUGAGGCUGAAAAUGAAAAGAUGAUCAUAGAAAGAAUCUAAUAACCUGACGUUAUUGUAGCAUGA